AUGUCCGCAAGCAAGCCAAUCCUCAUAUCCGGCGCCGGGCUCUCGUCACUGCUCCUCGCACAAUCCCUCCGCCAGUCCAACAUCCCCUUCCGCAUCUUCGAGCGCGACGCUUCCUUCGCCUUUCGUGCCCAGGGCUACCGCCUGCGUCUGUCAGCCGAGGGCCUGGACGCCAUCGAGUCGGUUCUCGACCCCCGAAAAUGGCAGCACUUCUGGGACAAGUGCGGCAAGACCGGCGGCAGCGGCUUCACCGAGCUCGACGCCACCACUGCCGAGCAGAAGGACCACGCCGUCCGUGAGGAACUGUCGUCCCGCGACAACAAGAUCGUCGGGAUAGCCAGGGGCACCAUGCGCGAGCUGUUCGCCGAGGGCUGCGAGGAACACAUCGAGUGGUCCAAGAGCGUCACCGGCUACGAGCUGACGGAAGAAGGCGUUCGGGCACUCUUUGCGGACGGCACAAAAUCCGUCGAAGGGUCCAUGCUCGUCGGAGGCGAGGGCAUCCGCUCCAAGGUCGCCAAGCAGGUCUCGGGCGGGAGGCUCAAGGUGUACGACACAGGCGCGAGGGGCAUCCAUGGCCAGGCACCUACGACGGCAUUCAAACACCUGGGCGAAGGCGUCUUCCGGCUGCGGGACGGCACGCGACCCGACGGCACCGUCAUCGUCAUGACAAACGUCCGCUCGAGCGACAUGGACGACCCCAACAUCAAGUUUGGCUGGACGCUGGGAGGCCAGCCAGGCGUCAUCAAUGCCCCCAAUGACGACCUCGCAAUCGUUGGCAAGAAGGCGGCCGACAUUGCCAAGUCCCUUACCAAAGACUGGCACCCGCAUCUGAAGCCACUGUUCGACGAGAUGGACGAGUCGGAAGCUGCCUUCUGGAAGAUCACGUGCUCGACACCGUGGGGGGUGCCUGAGUGGCCCAACGAGCCUCGUGUGACUGUCAUUGGGGAUGCUGCCCAUUCCAUGACUCCGGCAGGGGGUCUUGGUGCCAAUACAGCGGUUCAGGACGCCGCGUUGCUCGGGAGGUUGUUACGCGAGGCUGGCGGGUACAAGCCCGGCGUCACGGCCGCGUACGAGAAGGAAAUGAGGGUCUAUGGCAGUAGCGCUGUUCACAAGAGCUACUCCAUCGCCGUCGGCGUGUUUGGUAUCCAGGUUGACGAGAAUUCUCCAACCGUGUAG